UAUUGGAUAUCAUAUGGAACACUUGUUGGUUAUGUUCAACGUCGUGGAUUAUUACCACAUGAUCAUGAUAUUGAUAUAAUAAUGAUGACUGAUGAUACCCCACAACUAAUUAAUAUUUCUCACAUGAAUUUUUCUUCUGAUUAUGAAAUUAAAGUUCAACCACAAUGGCAUAUCGUCGAUGACACUCAUCGUUCUUAUCUUCUUGAACAAGGUAUUAAUUUUAUUGAACCUAAUGCAAGAUUAUUUCAUCGACAAACGAGAUAUCAUGUUGAUAUAUUUCCUGCAUAUGAUUUUAAUCCACUUUAUGCAAACAAAUCAAUAGAAAAUAUACAAUCAGAAAAUUUAACAAUCUAUGAUAUCAAAUAUAAAUGGUUUUCAUAUCCGAGAAGUUGGACAUAUCCAUUGAAAAUAUGUUAUUUUAGUGAUAUAAAAGUGUUAUGCCCAGCAGAACCUGAAAAACUCGUAGCAUUUUUGUAUGGUUCUUAUGCUAUAACAACAUCCAAUAAAAAAUGUGUUAAUGGUAGAUGGGUGUACAAUCAUUAA